AUGGAGCCCGAGGAGCGGAAGAUCUCGGUGUGGAUCUGCCAGGAGGAGAAGCUGAUCUCGGGGCUCUCCCGGCGGACCACCUGCUCGGACGUGGUGCGGGUGCUGCUGGAGGACAGCCACCACCGGCGGCAGUGCCCGGCGCCGCCCGAGCCCGGCGGCGGGAUGCUGUCGGGGCCGCCGCACUCCUACUGCAUCGUGGAGAAGUGGCGCGGCUUCGAGAGGAUCCUGCCCAACAAGACGAAGAUCCUGCGGCUCUGGGUGGCGUGGGGGGACGAGCAGGAGAACGUGCGCUUCGUGCUGGUGCGCAGCGAGGCCUCGCUGCCCAACGCGGGUCCGCGCAGCGCCGAGGCGCGGGUGGUGCUGAGCAAGGAGCGCCCCGGCCGCGGCCUGGGGGCGGCCCGAGCCAGCCUGGCACUCACGCAGGAGCGGCAGCGCCGGGUGGUGCGGAAAGCCUUCCGCAAGCUGGCCAAGAUCAACAAGAAGCGGCAGCAGCCGCUGGCCCGGGAAGCCUCGUCGGCGGAGAGGAUGGAGACGCUGGUGCACCUGGUGCUCUCGCAGGACCACACCAUCCGGCAGCAGAUCCAGCGGCUCCGCGAGCUGGACCGGGAGAUCGACAGGUACGAGGCUAAGAUCCACCUGGACCGCAUGAAGCGGCACGGCGUCAACUACGUGCAGGACACCUACCUGGUGGGCGCCGGGGAGCCGGAGCCUGGCCAGCCCCCCGCCGGCCGCCCCGAGGAGGACUAUGCCAGGAAGUGCGAGGAGGUGCUGCAGCUGCAGGAGCAGCGGGCGCAGCAGGAGGAGCUGCUGGAGCACCUGGCCGCCGAGAUCCAGGAGGAGCUCAACGAGCGCUGGAUGAAGCGGCGGCGGGAGGAGCUGGAGCUGGCGGCGGGACCCGGCCUGGCCGACACGGACUGCGACACCACGGAGCUGAGCGGCGGCGGCGAGGGCGAGCUGCACCUGGAACACGAGCGGGUCAAGACCCAGCUGAGCACCAGCCUCUACAUCGGCCUCAAGCUGAGCACGGACCUGGAGGCCGUCAAGACCGACCUGGACUGUACGCAGCGGGCGUGGGAGGACAAGGAACGGGAGCUGCAGCGCCUGCUGGAGACGCUGGGCACCCUGGACGUGGCGGAGGCGCCGGCGGAGCCCCGCGGGGCAGCGGGCGGGGGGCGGCCGGCGGCGACCCCGGGGGGCGGCUGGGUGGAGCUGCGCAAGGACCGCGCCGACAACGACGAGGACUCGGACACGGGGCUGAGCUCCAUGCACAGCCAGGACUCGGACUCGGUGCCCGUCUGCGAGUCCCUCGUGUAG